AUGUCAAAAUUUAUCGAAGCCGCAUAUUUUUCGGCGCGGAAACAUCGUGACCAGAAACGCAAAGGAAACGAUGCUUCGCCUUAUAUCAAUCAUCCGUUGGAAGUCGCAAAUUUAAUUGCAAAUGUCGGAAAGGUUGAAGAUUACGACGUUUUG